AGAUGGUUGAUAAGAAGGCUGCCAAAGUGCCUGUAGAGGCAACCAAGAAAGUACACAAGCCAGGAAAACCUAGAAACUAUGACUUGGGCAAUGGUGUUCUUAGGUUUUCAAGAACCAAGAUGUUCCACAAAAAGGCUUUGUACAAAUUUAUUGGUAAGAAAGUUAAAGCUACCAAGAAGCCACAAAAGCCUCAUGUAAUUGAAAAACCUAUUGGAGGUGACAAAAAUGGAGGCAAGAGAUUUGUUUUGGUUAAGAAACGUAAGGCAUAUUAUCCAACCCAAGACAAAAUUAAGCCUAGGCCUGCAAGAAAAUACUUUAGCCAACACAAACGAUCCAUCAGAAAUUCCAUCACCCCUGGUACAGUUCUAAUUUUGUUGGCAGGCUCUCACAAAGGAAAGAGGGUUGUUUUCCUUAAACAGCUCUAUUCUGGCCUUCUUCUUGUAACUGGUCCAUUUGGAAUUAAUGCUUGUCCAAUAAGACGUAUCAGUCAAAGGUAUGUUAUUGCAACUUCAACCAAAAUUGACGUUAGUGGAGUUGAACUUCCUGAAAACUUAAAUGAUGAGUAUUUUGCAAGGAAAAGAGAAAAGAGGGCGAAGAAAGAGGAAGGAGAUAUUUUCCAAUCUAAAAAAGAAGGUUACAAAGUGAGUGAGGAUAGGAAAAGUGACCAAAAGAAAGUUGACACACAAGUUUUGGCUGCAAUCAAGAAGCAUCCUGACCAUAAAGUACUUCUAGCCUAUUUGUCAGCUAUGUGGGGAUUAAGAUCGUCGCAAUACCCUCACAGAUUGAAGUUUUAGAUAAGAAUAAAUUCCAUUGUUUAUUUGUCUUUUUGAUGUACAGAAUGAUGAAUAAAUUGUGGCUUUAUAUUGACGUUUUUUUAAGUAAAUGUUAAUACAAUAAUUUAAUGAUUGUU